AUGAGCAAUAAGCAACUACUCACCAGUGGAGAUGUACAAGGAUGGACUGGACAUAGGGAUAACAGGUUUCCGAAGGAUAUCAGGUGGUCCAAUGCACAGGAAAGUAUGGGUCCCAAGGUGCAGGGUAUUGGGUUAUGUGUGUACGACGUCAGAGGUGCUUGCAGUGGCGUUGGGAUGACAUAUGGGCCAGUGAUGUUGGCCAGCACCUUAAGUGCGACACCAACUGGUCAAGCUCAGACAGAUACCAUUUCGGAAUUUGGGAGGUGGCUGUCAGCAGAGGCACAGGAAGCGAUAGACGCCUUAUUAUUUUACGUGCAGUCUUUCGUUGCAUCCAAGAUAGGCACGGUGUUCGAGCAGCACACUCCAAAUCAUUGGACUGCCAUACUUAAAUAUGACCUCCAGAUAACGCUCAACAAUCAUGCACCCGCACAGGGGCAGCCAUCACACGGAGAUAAUGAUGAACCUGAGUACAACUUCUACAACCACUUCUGGGACACCCUAUUUGAUCCAAACCUAUCAUUCAAUAAUUUCCCAGAUCAACAAGAGUUCCACAUGCCCUUGCCUCGAUGGAUGAAGGAUGCCCCUGAUGGAGGAGUCAGUCUCAUAGAUUGA